ACAUUCAUCUCUAACUGGUUGCAAGAUGAAGCUUGCUUAUUUUCUCCUGAUCUCUGUCUUCAGCUACUGGAUCGAGUGCAAACAUCUAGAGAUUAAAUCAACUGAAGAAACGGUAAUGACAAAAGAACGUAACUGUUCAGCGGCUGACAGUUCAGAGGAAGUGACAACCAAGCAACACGGAAGCCGACAUGAACCUGCUAUUAAUCAUCAGGAGCUAAUGACAGGGAAUGACACAAGAAGUGGUAAAAUAACAAGUUUUCACCACGCAAGAGCAAAGAAAGACUGUUCACUGCAUUGUAAGAACAAAACAGAGCUACUUCAAACUAGUGAAGAUUUAGUCUGUCAACGAAAGUACACAGCAGGACUGCUUCUGAGAAUAACAAGCAAAACUGCCACAGGCUACACAGCCAGUGUUACAGAAAUCAUUACUCCUUGCUCAAUUAAAGUUCACCCAGGAGAGACCAUCAAUAUCACUUUGCCUGAAAUGGAGAUCUCACAGUGUCCCUGUCCUCAUCUGCAACCAAACAAGUCUUAUCUGGUGGCAGGCUACACUGAUUCCAAAAAAGAAACCUUAAUUCUCAACUCCAGAACAUUCCAUGUCCAUAUCAAUAUGCAAUUAAUAAGUCAAAACCAACCUAGAAGACAGUACAUUUUGGCCAGACUUGAAAAGAUGAGGCGGCACCACUAUCGAAUGAAAAAGAUGCUUACCAACAUGUUUUCCUACAAAUGUCCAACCCCAACUGUACCGCCAACUCCAAAUUCAACCCCAACUCCCAUACAACACGACAAUUAAUAAUUAUUAAAACAAGGUGACUAACUAAGUCUUUUUCUACGCUACGAUGAAACAAAGAGGCAUCCUUGUUGAACACUUAGAUGACUAGGUAGAGCAGCUUACUGAAAGCGUAGAUAAUUAGAGGUGAUAUUUAAUAUACAUGUACUAAUAAAGUCUACAUUGAAAAUCUACGGGUAGUAGCAGAAAUUUGGGUGUCAAAGCAUAAAGGUAGCUUAUCUCUUGUUUAUGUAUAACAUCAAAUCACCAGAUCAUGACUAUCCCUCAUUCUUAAGAACAUUACAGAAGAGAAUAAACUCAU